GGUCACACUGAAUCCAAUUCCAAGAAAAUGAACAAUAAAUUUUUGUUUUGCCUCCUAAAUGGAAAAGAUUAAAAGUUUGCGUCCUGAGGACACUGCAAACGGGAAACUAAAGUGCUGCUUUGACAACUGCAACUAUGAGACCGAUCGUGCCUACAACAGGUGGCGUCAUGAGGCGAGCCACGCGAAAAUUGAUUUCGAGUCGAGGGCAUUCAAGUGCCAUCUGUGCUGGUACAGCUCGGACAAGGCAUCCAACAUAAAGCGGCACCACCAGAACCGACAUCCAGGCUGCGAGGCACCGGAGUACAAGUCUGAUCAGCCAGCAUCCAUCGUCUGCGACGUGACGGGAUGCACCUACUCAACGAAUCGUCCGUAUGACAUGAAGCGCCACAUCCAGGUGCACACCAAUCCAGCGAGAGGCGACAAGUCGUUUAAAUGCAUGCUGUGCACGUACAGUUCGGAGAGGAAGGGGAAUCUGCGGCGGCACGUGGACCUGCGGCACAGUGGCCUGAGUGGAGAAAACAACACAGAUGCAGAGCUGGAACUGGAGCUGGAGUUUGAGCCGAAUGUGCAGCGAUUCCGAUACUCAUGCGCCCUGUGCAGCUUCAGCUCCAAAGGGAAGGAUAAUCUAGCCCGCCAUCUGGAGCAAGAGCACAAAGGCUCGAAAGCCAAGGAGUCCUCAAAUGAGGGAGACUCGAAGCCGGAUGUGCUGCAGAAGGUGCAACAGCAAGUACUGCAGAAGGUGAAACGGGAGGUACGGCAAAAUGUGCAAUUGGAGAAGCGGCAGAAGUCCAAGCCGAUAGACAGCCAUAAAUGCUCUUUGUGCAAGCAGAGUUUCAAAAAGAAGGCGCUUCUGGAGCGGCAUGUUUAUGCGGUGCACCAUAACAUGAGUGACAAAGAGUCCUCACAUGAAGAACAUGCAGAACUGGAGUCGAAGCAGGAGCCAGAGCCCGAGCCGGAGAUGAAACCGUUUGUGACCAUACAUACGUGUUCGCUGUGCAACUACAGCUCGAACAGGGAGCCAAAUCUGAGGCGGCAUAUGGAUGAUCAGCAUCGUGGCUUAAGUAGAAAAGUUGUCUUGUAUCCAAAACAUGAGCUGAAGCGGCCGUCGGAGACGAUUAAGAUCAAAUCUGUACCGCAUAGAAAGUCGACGCUGAGACCGCGGCGGGAUGUGCGUUACAGUGGCUUGAGUGAUGCAGAACCCACAGAUGAGGGGGAGUCUGAGCCGGAGGAAUACCAGCUGGAGGAGGAGGCGCCGUUUGUGAGAGCGAAAGUUAAGGUGACGACAAAGAAACCAAAACCGAAACUGAAGGAACGACUGUACGAUGAGCUAUUUGAGGAAUUGGAAAAUGAUGAUAUGAUAGUUGAGGAAUGCCCCGAGGAUAAGGAAGCAUUGUCGCAAAUGCAGGACAGCGUUAUGAGCCAGAAGCAAAUGAUAGCUGUCGAUUUCAAUGGCGAAGUGCACUGGUACGAGGCCAUUGAUCAGCGAGCGGAUGAAGCGCUGCAGCAGGACUAUGAGGAUCAGGAGCAGGAGCAGGAGCAGGUAUUCAUUGCUGAGCAGGAGGAGGAAGCGACUGCUGAGCUGGAAGAGGCCGUAAUCGAGGAACAGGAACAGGUCGUAAUUGCAGAGCAGGAGCAGGCCGUAAUAGAGGUAGAAGAGCAAGUCGUAAUCGAGCAGCAUGCUGAUGUCAAUACAGACAAUAUGCACAUGGAGGCUCUGGACGAUGAGCUGGCUCUGUCGAUGGCCGAACACGAUGCCCAGGCGGAGGAACAGACCAUGGAAUAUGUGGAUCUGGUGACGGCAGAGGUGCCGCCAGAGGUAACAACAGAAGUGACGAUAGGAGUGCCCACAGAGAUGACGAUAGAGGUGCCGCAACCUCCACAAUACCAGCCACCCGCAACUACACCACUCAAAGAACCGGAACCGGUACUGUCCUGGCGCUGGAGUGUGCCACAAACUGCCAGUGAAGCAACCAAUUCCACGGACCAUCCCAUAACCCUCACCUUGGAACCAGUCAUAGAGGAGACCAAUGAUGAUUUUCCAUAUUGGUGGGACGACGGAGAGUACACGAAUAUGCAUAAAAACACAUCCUACCGCGCGCACAGCGGCACCACCAAGGAGAACAUCCAGCGUAUCCUGCGCAUCAUCUACGGCCUUUACUACAAGCCAUUCAAAGAGGACCGCAAGCGAUUCGAUGUCUUUCAGAUCAAAGACUCGUGGCUCUGCGCCACGCGGAUGACGAGAAUGCAGAUUAUUAAAGAUAUGUACUCGAAGCUGGGCACGUAGGCAAACACAUUUACAUACAUACAUAGUUAGAUGUAUUCCUAAGCAUAAAUUGUAAGCUUAUUAUUGAAAAGCGAAAGUGAUGCAAGUUUUUCCCUUUGAUUUCUAAAUUUUUCAGAGUAUAAGCAAAGA